AUGCCUGGGUCCGGCAAAAAGUACCACUUCGAUCAUAGUACUAUGGAGUCCUCAAGUAGUCAGAGACAAGUCUUCGAGAUCGAAGGAGGAGAGAAGAAGGGAGGAUGUUGCGGAAAGUCGUGUAAAGUCGUGACGGGGUUGGUUGUCGUGCUGGCUGUCUUGGCGGGGUUGGCUUGUGUUGGCUACUUUGUGAUUUACAGGAUGUAUUUUGCAGACCAGCUGAUAUUCGAGGACAACUUCGACACUCUGGACUUCACCAAAUGGAAACACGAAAUCACUGCAGCAGGGGGAGGGAACAACGAGUUCCAAAUUUACGUCAACGACCGCAGCAACUCGUACGUUCGUGACGGAAUUCUGUACAUUAAACCGACGCUGACGGCGGAUUUCUACGAUGAAGCCUUUCUGUCUACGGGAACCCUGAACUUGUACGGCCUGACCCCCGCUGACCAAUGCACCAGUAACUUUAACGGCGGCUGCUGGAGACAAGGCACCGCGGACUACCCCAUACCGCCUAUACGGUCCGCUCGUCUCACCACCACCAAGAGUCUCAGCUUCACGUAUGGCAGGGUGGAGGUCAUGGCCAAAAUGCCGACUGGAGACUGGAUCUGGCCAGCCAUUUGGCUCCUUCCAAUGCACAACGAGUUUGGAGGUUGGCCUUCCUCGGGAGAGAUUGAUAUCAUGGAAUCUAGAGGAAACCGUAACCUAACGGACGCCAGUGGGAACUCCAUUGGGGUUGACCACAUGGGCUCUACCCUACACUGGGGACCAUACUGGCCCUACAACGCCUUUGACAAGACUACAGCGGGGUUGUGA